UGUUCAGAUGAUGACCCUUGCACAAUGUUUUGUGACAGAAACCUCAUCAACAGGAGAAAUGUUAAGCUAGAGGUUAGGAAAGCUUAUAGAGCUAACAAAGAUUUCUUGAUUACUGAAGUAAAGGCCAGAGUCAUUGCUGCAGCACUCAAGAUAUUUGGGAUGGACACAUUGAAUGCACAACCUAAAUCACCUCCAAUACCAAAUGAUUUAAGAUCUACAUUUGACCAAUCUAAAUUCCUACUCAAAGUCUCCUCUAUGAUUGUCGACAAGUUUAUUCUACAGAAAGCAGCUGUGAAUGGUCUGAUCRACAGUGUUAUCACCGCACAAGAACAGCAAGAUAUUCUUGACGCACAGAGCUUAAAUGAGAAUGGUCGAUAUCCCUGUCGUUUCAUUGGCUGUAAUAAGUCAUUCAAACAUGAUGGCAAAAGACGAAGAAAUCAUGAAUUGACUCAUGAUCCCCCACCRCCUGCUCCUGAAGUAAAGCUUACCAAGGAACAACCAGACAAAGUACUUUUGAAGAGCACACAAGAUGAUAUGUACAAUUACAACACUGCUUUGAUGAAUGAGGGAUUGUUCUUCAUUAAUUUUUUAGACUCUGUCUCAGAAGCAGAUGGUGACAGAAUAAUGCGCCAAUACAAGUACCUCAUGAUACUUUGCAAGGCUGAUGGGCAGCACAGUAAGAACUAUGCACUUGAGUGUCUGUAUCUUUUAUUUCAAAUAUAUGCACUGCUCACACCAAGAGAUGCACAUAGAUUAAAGUGGAACAGAAGUGUCAAUAAUAAAGGUGGGCUUGGUGCAAACAUUGCCCUUGAUUUAGAAGUGGAAAUGAGUAAUUUGCAUCUUAAACAAGCCAUAAAAAAUCUAGGUGUUAAUGUCACAGAAAGAGCUGUUACUCGCAUUUGCAAUUCGGAGCAGUCAUGUAGAAAACUACUGUCAAAUAUUGAUAAAGAAAUUCAAAAGAAAUCCCGUGGAUCUAGUCAUAGCCAUGGUAGUCAAAAAGAUGACAUAACUGAAAUUGUUUCCAAACUAAUGGAGGAAGAUGCCUUAACUAACCAUGAAAAUAGGGAGUACAGAAAUUUCCCAGCCUUUGAGAGAGACCCAUCUAGCAGUAUUGAUUUUUCCAAGUUGUAUGCAUGGCUUAAUAAGCACAAGAAAAAUAUUGACUUGGGGACAAAAGCAAGAUAGAAAGGUGGUACAUACAAGAUAGUAAG